GCAUGUUGGUCUUCAAGAAUGGUUCGCUCUCCCGCGAGCGGGUGCUGAAAGAGGCAUGUGGCGGCCAAUGGGACACCUGGGCAAAGAUGCUCGCGGACACUAAACCUGGCAAUGGCGGGUCUCUAGGCUUCUACUUCCACAGCCCAGAGAUUACUCCAACUACGGGUGACAAGUCGGGCGUGUUCCGCUUCGAUGGUGAUAGCAAGGAGGUGGACGCUUUCGCCGGUGCCACGGAGGUCCGAGCAGUUGUGGAAGGCAAGUUCCUGGCGAUGCGAGCAUUUGCGCAGGGCAUCGGCAUGGACCCUUCCGAAGUGAAGCGUAUCAUCGCCACCGGCGGCGCUUCCGCGAACAAAGCAAUUCUGCAGGUCCUUGCUGAUGUUUUCGGCGUGCCGGUCUUCACCUUAGACCAGCCGGACUCAGCGUCCUUGGGCGCCGCGCUGCGCGCAGGUCACGGAUUCCGCUGCCUCGGAGCGCAGGGGGGUUUUCUGCCCUUUGCGGACUUCCUGACGGGUGGGCGUCUCGACUACGCGCGAGCCGCUGAGCCGAUCCCUGGUGCAAAGGAAGUUUACACCGAGCUCUUACCGCGCUUCGUCAAGCUGCAAGAUCAAGUGCUGGCAAGCCUUGGCCAGGGAAGCGCUAAGCGGCAGAAGACCUGA